UAUUCGUCUUCAACAAAUCUAAUCCUGGAAUUCAGACAGACGUCGUUUGCGUGCACUUUAUUACCUGCGCCACCUCAAAUAGGAGGUCACGUUGAUCCUUUAUCUCUGAUGGGCCCAACUUCACCUAAAAUGUCAGACAAAGGUGGUACAAAACUUAACGCAUGUUUCACGGGCUGGACUAUCAUUAUUUUGAUCAUCCACUCUUCUGCUCCGACACCUGUCGAAGCUACCAGAUCUACCCCCAAACCCCGGGUAACCACACGCUCCAAACGGCGCCAAGAUUCUGAGUUUGACACCAUUACGGCUUCUACUCAAAACGAUUUAGUGUCCGAAACGAAAAGGAAACGAGCUUCUGAAUAUGAACUUCUUGCUAUAGAGAUGCCAAAUACCAGUUAUUCACCACCUGCUGACUCCAACACAAACUCGUCAAAACAACAAGUCGAUUCCUCAAUAUCCACGGAGUCGAAAAAUGACACCCACCUGCAACCCACCAAACGUGCCAAGUUACUGUUUAACAACAUAGGAGAGGAUAAAGCUAAGACUGAAAAUUCCCUACGUAAACUUGAGAACAAAUCUAUUUUGUCGAACAGUAUAGGGGGAAAAGAUGACGGUCAUAAAGACUUGACUGGUGACAACAUGCAACUGGACGAUGUUCAACAAGGGGUGCAAAAUCAUGUAUCGCAAGGAAUUUCCAAUGGUAUCAUCAAUGGUGAAAACAUCAAUACCAACGGUGUUGGGAACCAUCAGAAGGGAAAGCAUAAUAUUGAGAAUGAAAACAACUCUAAUUCCUCCAGAACGUAUCCAAUUCCAUCGCUAACUAACAACAAUGAAGAGAAAAUAACUCAAGACAAUGAAUUCGAUAAUGAGAAAGUCACAAGAUCGUAUAGUCAAAGAGAAGAAGAGAAAAAGGAUACCUACGAAUUUAGGGUUUUGUUAUCAAAGAUUAUGGAUAUUUUAGAAGCCCGCGACGUGCACCACUUUCUGAAAAAUGAUAAGAAGACUGUUAGCACGAACGCUGAAGAGCAAGUGUUAAACUCUAACAUGAUGCGUACUAACAUUGAAGGCAACAAAUAUAAUUCGCUAAAAGGAUUUCAGCACGACUUCGUUUCCGUUGUUAACGACGCGAUGUCCAAAAACCUACGAGACUACGAAUUUGGAAAGCAGUUUAUUAGACUUGGAUCUCGAUUGAUUGAACAGGCCAUCAAUGAAGUUCCGAUUAGUAAACGACAUUCAGACGUCGAGGAUGAACUGAACCAUGAGGUUACACAAUCAGAUAAUAAUGCAUUCCCGAAGAGGUCUCAGAAGAUUGCUCUUGUCCAACCAACGAACAAUGGGCACGUCUUCUCAAGUGGGGCAUUGAAACAAACAAUCUCGGACAAUCAGAAAUUUGAUUUAGUUGGUGACGUGAAAGAUGUGGCUGUGGUUCCCCAACAGUCAAUGAGCGAUAUUCCUUCCCUUGGAGAUAUUUUAUCCAAAAAGGGUAAGAAACCGGAGAUUGACAUACCCGGAGAUCUCGUUGUCACUGGAGUUAAAUUUAAUUCGUAUAAAACAUACGGUUCAUUUUACCCGAUAUACAAUUCGAGAGAUGCAUAUUUGUCCUACGAAGAUACAAUAAUGACGUGUGCAUACAAAAAAACCAAAAGAACUGUCAGUAACUCUGUUAAACCAACGAUGUCAAGUGAAGAUAAUGUGGAAAACGAUGUUGAAAUGUCGGUCGAAGUUGACGGCGAUAGCUCAGAGUCAGAGAGUACAUUAGCACCUAGUGAAUUCAUCAAUCAGUUAGAUGGUUCAGAUAUUACCAUGGCAGAGUUUUUUAGAGAUAUUGACAUCGAGAUGAUAUAUGAAUCGGUAGAAGACGAGGACGACAACAAUCCUUUGUCGGAUAAGAAGUUAGACAAGAAUGUAAAAAUGUUUGCGGAAUUGCAAAAGUUGCAAAAUAAAAGGUUCAUCACGAAUCCGGAUGUCAUAACCGCAGAAGAGAAAAAUCUCGGUAUGAAAUUGCGAAAACGACUCGCGGAAAUGAUAUCCGCCGUUCCACCUUCUAAACUCGUUUACCCUGGAUCCAUAGAAAAAGCGAUGAUUAAUUUACCCAUACGUGAGUCGGCAUUUAGAGGGAUGCUUCCACCGAACAAUUGUCGCGCAUAUCACUCAAAUGAAGUGUCUCGUGAAGCUUUCAGCAGUCUUUCAAGUGUGACCCAACCUUCGGAAAUUACGAAAGUCGCUUCUACGCAAUUAACAUCAGCCGUUGCCAGACCUAUGAUGAUGGGUCCGCCGUCGCUAUCACAAUCACAAGCGCGACCACAACUUCAACAACCUCAAACACACUCGCAAGUUCAAACACAAACACCACCACAACCAUUUCAACAAGCCCAAACACAACUAAAUCCACAAUAUUAUCAUUCACAAGUGCAACCAUACACUCAAUCACAUUCGCAAGUACAAAUGCAAUCACAUCCACAAAUGCAAGCACAGCUACGACCACAACAACCAUCACGUCCACAAACAACAGGAUACGCGCCAAUGAAUUCACCGUUUGGGACAGAAUAUGGAAUCCCUGGUUCCUCGAGGCACAGUGGAUAUUAUGGCGGACAGCCAUACCCGCCUCAAUAUCCGCCUCAUUUGCAGUCAGGUUACCACCGCCCUCAGGCAGGUCAUGGUUGGCAAAUGCGGCCAGGAUAUUAA